AUGUCUUUAACAGGUUAUUGUACUGAUGCAACAUGCCUUGAAGGGUUAACAAAAUUAUAUGAAUGUAAUUGUUGUGGCCAGUUUGUUUGCUCACAACAUCGAUCGGUACACUUCAUGGCUGAUAUGACAAAAAAAGCAGACAAAAUGGUACAUGAUUUUAUAACAGUUUCACAGGAAUUUAUACCUGAAAUUGUUAAAAAAAAUCAAGAAAGUCAACAUGGACAACAAUCAAUCGAACAAACAAUUCCAUUAAAUAGAGAAGAAGCAACAAUUAUUAAUGUCGAAUCAUCGUUAUCUGGCAUUACUAAUUCUUCUGUGAUCGACAAUGAAAUAAUGGAUAAUGAAGCACUUAUGGCUGAUAUUAAUCCACCAAUAAGAUCAACACCAUCAGCAAGUAAAUUUACAUUAGAAAUUUAUAUUCAAUGCUUGGUUUUAUACCCAUGGCAAAGACAACGGCGCCGUAUUCUGGGUUGA